GAAGCGAAGCUAGGGUUCUUUCUGUCAUUUCCAAUUUCCCGGUGCUCUCCGUCUUCCUCAUCCAACCAUGGCCAAGGGUCCCGGUCUUUACAUCGAAAUCGGCAAAAAAAGCCAGAAAAAUCUCCUCCGUCCUCUUCUCAAUCCGUCGGCUUGCAUGUCUACGUGCCAGAGAUUUCGUGUUUUUGAUCGGGCAGUGUCUAAUUUGGACUCUGCCUGGAUUCUUUGGUCAGAGUUUGGUUUGGAUGUCGCAAGUUCUUGGUUUUGUUGGUACGGGUCGUCUUCACUUUCCAUCGGCAAUUGUGUUUGAUCGAGUAGCGAAUACUCGGAUCUCUUCCAGUGAUUGAUGCCCUGGGUUUCGUGCGGAUUCAAAUGAUUCUUUAGGUUCAGUUCCCGUGUCAUUUAAUAGAGUUUCGAUAGUUUUCCGGGUUUGGUAAGGAUUGCGUCACGAUAGUUUCGUGCUUCCACUGGAAAUGUCUGUUGAGACAGUAGCUAGCUGUUUCACGUUUUGGCGUUUAUGACCAUGGGAGCCUCUGUUGAGGGUAUUUGUGAUAUUGAGUUGCCUGAUGUUUGGAUUUUGUUAUUGCGGUGGAGUAAAGAUCUUCUGUACAAGGACUACCAGAGCGAUCAGAAAUUCUCUGUUACUACCUUCUCCCCGGCCGGUGUUGAAUUAAGAAAGGUGAUAUAUUCUUGGCUGAUGUUACCACCCAAUUGAAGAACAAGAAUAUCACAACUGAUAUCAAAUUUGGCAGUGAUUCCACUGUAAGCAAUGUUAUUCUUAUGUCAAGUCAUCCCUAGUCCAUACCCUGUAAUCCUUUGUCGCCCUUGUCCGUUUCUCAUGGAGAUAUGCUUCUGACGACUAUUACGGUUGGUGAGACUGCCCCGGGACUGAAGUCGAACUUUAGCUUCAAAGUACCUGAUCAGAGAUCUUGCAAGGUUGAGCUACAGUGCUUGCAUGACUACGCAGGCAUAAGCACCAGCAUCGGAUUGACAGCCAACCCGAUUUUCAACUUCUCUGGCGUUGUUGGAACCAUUGUCUUAGCUCUUGGUACUGAUGUUUCCUUUGAUACCAAAACUGGCAAUUUCACCAAAUUCAGCGCUGGUUUGAGCUUCACAAAUGACAAUUUGAUUGCUUCCCUCACUCUGUACACAUAUGCUUCGGUAAAUAGGGAAGACACAGACACGGGUGAAGUGCAUUUAUUGGUAACGUAAGUAAUGUAUCGGAAGAAAUGAGAUUGGAUUGGAUCUCAGUCUGGUAAUUUGUGGUAGGGACGACAAGGGAGAGACAGUGAAGACAUCAUACUACCACAU